UGAAUCACGUUCAGCCGGCCACACAGUGCAGCGCUGUGUAAGGUCCGUAGGAGCAGGAAGUAGACUGCACGGUGCGUGUACACAGCGCCAUGCCUGGGGUAGUUAGCUGAAACACGGACUUCUAACAGGCAAAUCAGGUCGUGGGGAGCAGCUUUGAGUAUAAUUUUCAGGCCAGACAGUCUAGGGUGUGGAGAGACAGUGUCGAAACUGUGGGCACAGAGCCAGAGCGGCAGGAAUGUGAAGGGAACACGGCUGGAAAUCUUUGCAAAUUCUGAAAUCUGAGAUCGUGGCAAAGCUGAUCAUGGGCCAUAUUUCCUGCUUCUUCGGAUGUCAUGUCUAGUCUGUUAGAGCGGCUGUGACAUGACCUCAGCGGUGGCUUGAGCAGCAUGCAUUUGUUGCUGGCAUCUGGGCCGCUGGGAAAUCCAAGAGUCAGGUCCCAGCAGCCCGGGUCCCUGCUGAGGAGCCCUGCUGGCUCAGCCGUCUUGUCCUCACGUGGCGGGGAGCAAACAGAGAGGAAGGGGCUCUCGUGUGUGUCUUCUGAGGACAGGAACCCGUUCGCGAGGGGAGGCCCCACCUCGAAGUGCCACCAGCUCUGGAUUACGCUUCAGCAUCUGAGUUUCGGGGAGACACAAACAUUCAGCCAAUAGUGGUCUAGAGAUUUUUGUUCGGAUGCCUGACAUGAACUUCACAUUGUUGAAGGCUGGAUUUUGUUGCGUGUCUUUGCUUUGGAAUGGAGUCUCGUUACUGGAAUAUAAUGGUCCAAUAUCAUAUCUUGUUACAGCAGGCUCAGAGCAGCGUUAAUGUGGGCUUAUCAGAGCGGCGUCACUCCUAACAGGCUACUGUUCCGAGGAUGCUGUCCCGUCCUCUGUGACGUAGAAGGUGCUGUGACCUGGGGAGAGACCACUCCUAGCCCAGGACUCUGAGGACUUCCCGGUCUCUCCUUUCUGGAAUCCGUCUUGCAUUGCCUCCUCUCAAGGACACCUCUCUGCCGCGCUCCUUGUUUUUCUGCGUGUGGCUCCCUCCUCCCCUGUAUCUUGUCUUGCAAAGUGUAGCUGUGCUGGCCUCCUCGGACUCCGGUCCCUGUGUCCUCUGUGAGGCAGCCAUCCCCGGGCCAGCUUGCCUCACACCCUGUGCUUGGAUGCGCUGGGGCCUCCCAGGGCUCAGGCCAUAGCGCCCCCGCCGGCUCUCUUCUCGUCAGGGACCGUAAUCCUGUGACACCUGUUGCCCCAUGUCUGAAAACUGUCAUCUAACAUACUUUACAGACUUUUCUGGUUGUUGGACGCGGUUCAGUACAUUUGGUUCCUGUUAGUCCCUCAUGGCUGGAACCGUUGAUCUUGCGGCCAUGUUUGAUUGAUACGUUUCACCCGAUAAUCUGAUUGAUACCUUCCUCCCCUCACAUUCUUUACUGGGCUUCCCGUAAAGCCCUAAAGCCCUGAGAAUGUAUGCUGGGGGUGACUGAGAUGUGCACAGAUGACCCACGCCGCCCCCUAGUGUCACGUCCAGGGCGGCGGCUGGGAGGCGGCAAACACUCACCCGCCAAGUGACAGCUCCAGGCAUCAGGCAAAGAAUGGGCUUGGGGCCGCCGGAUGCAUGACUCUGUGAACAACAGAAUGAGGAGGCAGAUCCUUCAGGGUGAGCUGGGUGUCAUCCGGACCCCUCCCGGAGUGUCGGUGGCGAUGCCGACCCGCAGACGGCCUUCUCUAUCGUCUCCGCGGGGCCAGGGGCCUGGACGCCCACCCCUCCUGCACCGGCCCGGGUUUUCCACCGAGAACAGGAGCACAAUGAGUGGGGGCCCGAGGAGCCUCGGCGACGCCUUCAAUCUGAGUGAGGACUACUUCGGGUCGGGGAACGGUUCAGACUACACCCUGGAUGACGAGAGCUUGCUGUGCUCCAUGCAGGACGUCAGGACCUUCUCCGGGCUCUUCGUGCCCAUCGCGUACUCCCUGAUCUGCGUCUUUGGCCUCCUGGGCAACGUUUUGGUGGUGAUCACCUUUGCUUUCUACAAGAAAGCCAAGUCGAUGACGGACGUGUACCUGUUGAACAUGGCCAUCGCCGACAUCCUGUUUGUCCUCACCCUCCCGUUCUGGGCCGUCAGCCACGCCACUGGCAAGUGGGUCUUCAGCAACGCCAUGUGCAAGCUCAUGAAGGGCAUCUAUGCCGUCAACUUCAACUGCGGCAUGCUGCUGCUGACCUGCGUCAGCAUGGACCGCUACAUCGCCAUCGUGCAGGCCACCAAGUCCUUCCGGCUGCGGUCCAGGACGCUGGCGCACCGCAGGGCCAUCUGCCUCGUGGUCUGGGGGGCGUCCGUGCUCAUCUCCAGCUGGACAUUCAUGUUCUACCAGAAGUACAGCGUGCAGAGCAGGGACGUGUGCGAGCCCCACUUCCCGGCCACCGCGGACCCCGUCCGCUGGAAGCUCCUGAUGCUGGGGCUCCAGCUCCUCUUCGGCUUCUUCGUCCCGCUGGUCUUUAUGAUAUUUUGCUACAUGUUCAUCAUCAAGACCCUGGUGCAGGCUCAGAACUCCAAGCGGCACAAGGCCAUCCGCGUGAUCAUCGCCGUGGUGCUGGUGUUCCUGGCUUGCCAGAUUCCGCACAACAUGGUGCUCCUGGUGACGGCCGUGCAGCUGGGCAGGACGGACCGCGAGUGCCAGGGCGCCAAGCUGCUGGCCUACGGCAGGAACGUCACCGAGGUCCUGGCCUUCCUGCACUGCUGCCUCAACCCCGUGCUCUACGCCUUCAUCGGCCAGAAGUUCCGCAGCUACUUCCUGAAGAUCGUGAAGGACCUGUGGUGCGUGCGGAGGAAGCCGAAGGCGUCCGGCUUCUUGGAGACCACCGCCUCCAGGCAGAACAGCGAGACCGUGGACAACGAGAACGCCUCGUCCUUCACCAUGUGACCGGCCCGGGGUGGCGGCGCCCGGCGGCCAGGGCAACGGGUCCUCGGACUCGCAACCCCGUCCCCCCACAGGACCUGCUGGGGGAGUCCCCUCUCGGGGGGGGCUGCCGGGGCCCCACAUGGCACGUCCCCACCUUCCUUCCCGCGGCCCCGAGCCCCUGGGGCUCCCCACGGCUGGUGCUCCCCAAAGCAGAGCGGACUGUGGAGAGAUGUGGACGUUUUCAGAAGCGGUCGUGAAACAGCCCCUAGAACACAGUUUCUCCCUGUCACGGCCAACAGCUCUAAGGUUUGCAAAACCGAAGUGGAGAAUGUCGCACGAGGGCCUCAGAGGAGUCUGCGCGGGCGGAAGCUGAGACCGUCCCCGGCUGGAGGAGCGGCCUGCGGAGACGGGACAGGGCGGGCGGUGACGGGCCAUCCGGAAGGCCUGUGUUUGCUUUAUUUCCCCGGGAAAAUGGUCUCUGCAAGUGAUAAUUCUCCUCCAAAACUCCGUUCGACUGACAGAGCUCCAGGAAGGCGCACGCGGACGGCACAUGCCCAGCACCCAGAGGGGCUUACUGAGUAUUUGUUGGUGAAGCCGGUGAACUUGGGGUGCAGUUGGGGUGGCAGGUGUUUACAUUGUAGUUUUAAAGGAACAAGGAAGCUUCCCCGAGAUGGUACCGAAAGAACUUGUGUUCCGAGUCCACACGGGUCGGAAGCCGUCCACACGGGGGGAUGUGGGUACCAAGGGUGUCACACUGGGGGGCGGACAGCUGGGCUCCUUCCCUUCUGCCUAUGACUUGAAAGUGGUUUCCCUAAGGUCUGAAGUUAAUCAUGGAAUCAGAUUUUAUUUUUUGAGAGGGAGAGACAGAGAAAGAGAAGGAGAGAGAGAACCUUAAGCAGGCUCCGCACUCA